AGUUACUUUUUAAAAAAUUUUGUCGCUCAGUGCUUGAGGUGAAGUGGGGGUGAGAGACAUCGUCUGGUUUUUAAAUUCUCCUGGCGGCGGCGGGUGGUGGGGGACCGGGGCACACGCCACCCCCCUCCCCCCGGAGCCGGCCGGCCGGCCGAGCAGGGGAAAUGGCCCAGGCCCGCUCCGCCGCAUCGCCCUGACAUGGCGCUGGGGCCCGAGGAUGAGGAGCAGGAGAGCGGCGGACAGUCCAAGGCCAAGGUAAAGCCGAAAGCACCAAUGUCCUCAGCACCGAAGGUGCCCUCCAGCAAGGGAGCGAGCGGGGCCCGGCGCAGAAGGACCCGCUGCCGAAAGUGCGAUGCCUGCCAGAAGAGCGAGUGCGGCGAGUGCCACUUCUGCAAGGACAUGAAGAAGUUCGGGGGUCCCGGCCGCAUGAAGCAGUCCUGCCUUCUGCGACAGUGCACGGCACCGGUGCUCCCUCAUACAGCCGUCUGCCUAAUGUGUUGGGAAGCAGGCAAAGAGGAUUCAGUGGAAGGAGAAUCCGAGAAGUUUAACCUGUCCCUGAUGGAGUGCACCAUCUGUAAUGAGAUCGUCCACCCGGGCUGUCUGAAGGUUUACGACGUCGAGGGCAUCAUCAACGAUGAGAUUCCCAACUGCUGGGAAUGUCCCAAGUGUCGGAAGGAAGGCAGGUCGAGCAAGGACGGGAAGGACCAGACGGAGGGCGGAGGGAAGAGACGCUCUGAUGGUGAGGAGGGACCCCGCUGGAAGCUCGAGGAGGGUAGCAGGCAUCGGACGGAUGAGUAUCUGGCCCCCAACCACAGGAAAGGCGAAGAGGGUCACAAGAGGAAAAAGGAGAGGGAUGGGCCAGUGGAUGCCGGGCCCCGGAAGAAGAAACAGAAGGUGGUCCGCGGGCCGGAGGACGGCGCCCUGGCCAGUGAGCGCACUCCCCAGCGCGAGAAGCUGGAGCACUUCAAGCGCAUGUGCCAGAUGCUGGAGCGGGUGAGCCAGACCCGCAGCUCCAGCUCCAGCUCCAGCUCGGCCUCCGACUCCGAUUCCGACUCCCAGGACUCUGAGGAAGGGAGGGGUGGUGAGGAGGAGGAAGACGAGGAGGAGGAGGAAGAGGAGAGCAGCGAUGGAGGGGGCAGGCUCGGCUCCAAUGGGAGGGAACGCGGGACCACGGCAGCUGCCCUGGGCUUCAGUGCCAGUGAGGAGGAUGAAGAAGAGGAGGAAGAGGCGGAGGAGGAGGAGGGUCGUGGGGAGGAGGCAGACCCUCCCCGCAACGGCAGGGCCCGGCUGAGGGAGCAGCCGCAGGGGAAGGAGGGGCAGCCGGGAUCCCGCCGGGAACGGAUGAGGCAGGGCCCAGGUCAGGGGCAGGGGGCGGCCCAGGGGUCAGGGCGUCUCAAGCCCCCUCGCCCCCAGGUGCCGGCACCCCGCAGUCCGUUCCUGAGCCGGCCACCCAUCUCCUCGCCUCCCAGGCCCCUGCAGAUGGAGAGGCACGUGGUGAAGCCUCCCCCUGACAGCCCGGAGCCAGACUCUCUGCCCCUGGACUCAGGGACCGACCAUGUACUCCAGCGUCACGCCUGGCUUGCCGUCUUUCGCUACCUGAGCCAGCGAGACCUCUGCGUCUGCAUGAGGGUUUGCCGGACACUGAACCGGUGGUGCUGCGACAAGCAGCUGUGGACCAGAAUUGACCUGAGCCGGCAGAAGUCGAUUACGCCAGCCAUGCUGAGUGGCAUCAUCCGGCGGCAGCCCGCCCUGCUCGACCUCAGCUGGGCCUGCAUCUCCAGUAAGCAGCUCAUGUGGCUCCUGAACCGGCUGCAAGGGCUGAGGGAACUGAUCCUGUCGGGCUGUUCGUGGUCCUCGGUGUCGGCCCUCUGCACCGCCAGCUGCUCAUCCCUGCGACUGCUCGACCUGCGCUGGGUGCAGGACGUCAAGGACUCCCAGCUCCGCGAGCUGCUGUCCCCUCCGGCUGACAGCAGGCCAGGACAGCUGGAGGGCCGGGGACGGCUGCCGAACGUGAUGGAGUUGCGCCUGUCAGGUCUGGAGGUGACAGACACCUCGCUGCGUCUGCUGGCCCGGACCCUGCCCCGUCUACGGCGCCUUGACCUCAGCCAGUGUGGUCAGGUGGGGGACCAAUCGGUCAACCUGCUGACCGCCGUCACCUGUCCACUGCGCGAGAGCCUGAGGGAGCUCAACCUGUCUGGCUGCCCUCGGCUCACAGACCACUGCCUGCCCCUGUUCCGCCGAUGCCCCAACCUCUGUCGCAUUGACCUGCGCUCCUGCAGACAGGUGACGGUGGAGGCGUGUCAGCGCUUUGCCGAGGACUCGGCCCCCCCUGCCUCCUUCCGCUGCGCCGAGGACAAACUCAUCCUCCGCAACAGCUAACGGCGGCUGCUGAGGAGGGGGUAGGCAGGGAGCGCUGAGUCCCCCAGGACAGGGGCUGAGGGCUUCACCAGGAGAGAGCAAACCGGGCCCCAGAGUGAUUCACCAGGAGAGAGAGAGAGAGGAUCCGGGACCCCUGGAGAGAUUCGCCAGUGGGGAGAGAGGGUCUGGGAUCCCGGGGAGAUUCACCUGGAGAAGGACGUGAUCCAGGACCCCGGGGAUGCUCGCUGGAAGAGAGAGAGGACCCAGGUUCUCAGAGACGUUUCCCAGGAGAGAGGCAAGAUCUGGACCCCGGGCACUGGGCGAGAGACUAGAUCUGGACCCCAGCAAAAUCGCCCGGAAAGAGACAGGAUCUGGAAUCUGAGUCAUUUACCAGGAGGGAGACGGGGUCCAGAUUCCGGAAGGAUUCACCGGAAGAUGGAAGCAAUCUCCAGUGCAUGACAGGUUCAUCAGGAGAGAGACGGGCCCCUACGUCCUGGAAAGAUUCCUCGGGCAAUGGCACAGUAGAAAGAUUCAUCCAGAGAGGCAUGGGACCUCUGGGCCCCGGAAAGAUCGAUCGGGAAAGAGAGAUUCACCAGGAAAGAGAGAGAGAUGGGACAGCGUACAGUUUCACCAGAAGAAACUCCAGUUUUAAAGACAAUAAUCUCGCCGCAGAGACUGCGAUCCCUACGCUCCAUCCCUACCUUUCCCUCUGAUUUUCCGCAUUUUGCCAGUUUCCUUCCUUGUUUUUUUUUAUUUUACGGAAAAAUUUCGUGGAGACCACUUUGUAAAAAAAAAAGAAAACCGGAAUCGUUACACUUGUUGGAACAACAGACUCUGGGUCAGAGCUGGGAGUGGGGAGGGGUGGGGGG